GCCAAAUCAAAAUGACCUCCUGCUGUUUGUUAGCUGGCAAAACAAUGGAAGAGAGUACACGCCAACAUCGCCAAAAGACAUUUACAUGCCAGUCGUGUGGUUUAAAUUGUCCUUAUACUUCCUACGGACAGAAACCACCAAACACCAGAGCCAUUGUGUUGCUGGAGGAGUGCUAUGUGACGAAAGACCCAUUCAGUCCGGAGAAGGACAAGUUCCUCGUUUUGGGUUCCAAGUGCAGCUUGUGUGGAAUGACUGUAUGUGUUGGCUCGGACUGCAGUCUGUUCUACACCAAGAGGUUCUGCCUGCGCUGCGUCAACAAGAACCUGGAACUAUUUCCCCGCCAGGUCCGGACGGAGCUGGCCAAGAAGCCGUCGCGAUAGGUUUUAUAUAUAUAUAUAUAUAUAUAUAUAUAUUUUUUUUUACCAAAACAUAGCAUGGGACACUUCAGCACCGCCACCAUCUAAUGAAACAUACGAAAGCGGUCCACUUGUAUUCAUAGGCUUUCAGGUUUAUUAUUGUGAACUGUACUUCAUAAUAAUUUCAAAUAUUUUGUCCUCCUCACAUUACUGAAUAAGAAGAACCAAAAUACUGACUCGUUCAGGCGAUUGUUGCUCAUUGUUGACUUCUGUGGAUUCACACAGCUGUUCACUUGUGCUCAUGCCGUAAAGAUAUUUAUGAACGAACAUUUGAACUCGUAUUGUGGCUUUCUUCAACCUCUGCGCGCCCGUCACAAGAUGUUUUGACUUCCAAGGCUGCAACGGGAAAGUUGAAGUCGAGGCAUAACACAAGCCCUGCUGCAAAUCUAUUGGUACAAUGUAGCAAAUGGACACCUCGCUGUGUUUUUGUUUGUUUGUUUGUUUUAACUGUUUCACUGUUUACCACAGUUGACGGCGAGCCAACGAUGACAAAACCGCUGUUACUUUUCUCUUACUUUCGUGACAGCGACGCCUCUAAUCUGCGCUGAGUGGAUUUGCCGAGAUUUAAUCAAUUUUUUUUUUUUUUUUUAUAGUACGCCGCAAUUGGAUCAAGCAGCGCUAACUUGUGAGCAUGUCUACAAUCAGAUGAUGCUUGCGAUAGUACUACGCGUCCCUACUAUCCGGCUUAUGUUUUAUCUAUUAAUUGCAAACAGCUUUUAAAGUCUAGUAUUUAUGAGUGCGCUAUUUUGUUUUGUGUACCUUUUGUUUUGUGUGCAGUUUGUGUACAUCACACUGGACAUUUUGUUUGUACAUCUUUAUUGUAUUUGCUUUUAUUUUGACUUGUUUUGCUCUGCUGUCUGCAGCCAAGUUGGCAUUGCAAGAGAGAAUCUCUUCUCAAUUGGCACACCUGUAAAAAAUAAAUAAAUAAAUAAAAUAAAAUAAGCUCCAUAAACUAAAAUGUAUAUCUUUGUUCGGGUGACAAAGUGUCAGUCGAACAUUGCAGCUCAAGGAAGAUUUAUGUUGUGCAAGUGCUUGCCAAAAGAUGGCAGCAAAGGACUACUUUUGUCUAGAUGACGUGACACAACUUACUUGAACAGUUCUUUUGCACCAAGAUGGCGCCCUGAUUCGAGCAGACAAACAGCUCUUAGACGUGCGCCUUUCCAACGCGAGUCCGCCGCUGGAGAGGGUCGACGCGCGGCAGCAGGACGUCGUCCGACCCCCGGUGUGCAGG